UAGUCUCCGCCCAGCGCGACGCCCCUACAGUUUCGUCGCUCUCUGCAGUCCUCCCGCGUACACUCUGCUCCCUCGGGCUCCCAGCAGCCCCCGCGCGGUGCCGCUCCUCCCGCCCCCGCCCCUCGUGAAAGCCGAUCGGGGGCGGCCGGGCGGCCAUUUUGUUCCCUGGACCCUGGGUUGCUGGAAUCGGCGGCGGCGGCGGCGGCCGUGUGGCUGGCGGGACCCGGGGAGCCGCCGCAGCGCUGGCCGCUUUUUAAAGAGUUUUAAUCUGUCUCAGGGGGCCGCUGCUCGGCCCUGUUUUAACCCGCCAUGUCCGCAGAGGGAGCCGCUGGCGACCAGGCUCCUGAAUAUGUUCCAGAAAAAGUGAAGAAGGCUGAAAAGAAAUUAGAAGAGAAUCCAUAUGACCUUGACGCUUGGAGCAUUCUCAUUCGAGAGGCACAGAAUCAACCUAUAGACAAAGCACGGAAGACCUAUGAACGCCUUGUUGCCCAGUUCCCCAGUUCUGGCAGAUUCUGGAAACUGUACAUUGAAGCAGAGAUUAAAGCAAAAAAUUACGACAAAGUAGAAAAGUUGUUUCAGAGAUGCCUUAUGAAAGUGCUACACAUCGAUUUAUGGAAGUGUUACCUUUCAUAUGUACGUGAAACCAAGGGAAAGCUACCCAGUUACAAAGAAAAAAUGGCUCAGGCAUAUGACUUCGCUCUGGAUAAAAUCGGCAUGGAAAUCAUGUCAUACCAGAUCUGGGUGGAUUACAUCAAUUUUUUGAAAGGCGUAGAGGCAGUUGGAUCUUAUGCAGAAAACCAGAGGAUAACAGCUGUUCGUAGGGUUUACCAGCGAGGUUGCGUGAACCCAAUGAUCAACAUUGAACAACUUUGGAGAGAUUAUAACAAAUAUGAAGAGGGAAUCAAUAUUCACUUAGCUAAAAAAAUGAUUGAAGAUCGGAGUAGAGAUUAUAUGAAUGCUAGACGUGUGGCCAAGGAAUAUGAGACUGUAAUGAAAGGUCUGGAUCGCAAUGCUCCCUCCGUCCCCCCACAGAAUACUCCCCAAGAGGCUCAGCAGGUCGACAUGUGGAAGAAAUAUAUCCAGUGGGAAAAAAGUAAUCCACUGCGCACAGAAGACCAAACUCUCAUAACAAAAAGAGUUAUGUUUGCUUAUGAGCAGUGCCUGUUGGUCCUCGGGCAUCAUCCAGAUAUCUGGUACGAGGCUGCACAGUAUCUUGAGCAAUCCAGUAAGCUGCUAGCUGAGAAAGGGGACAUGAACAAUGCUAAACUGUUCAGUGAUGAGGCUGCUAAUAUUUAUGAAAGAGCGAUCAGCACUUUACUAAAGAAGAACAUGCUUCUGUACUUUGCAUAUGCAGACUAUGAAGAGAGUCGAAUGAAGUAUGAGAAGGUGCACAGCAUAUAUAACCGGCUCUUGGCUAUUGAAGAUAUUGAUCCCACAUUGGUAUAUAUACAAUAUAUGAAAUUUGCAAGGCGGGCAGAAGGCAUCAAAUCUGGAAGAAUGAUAUUUAAGAAAGCGAGAGAGGAUGCCCGGACCCGCCAUCAUGUCUAUGUUACGGCAGCUUUGAUGGAGUAUUACUGUAGUAAGGACAAGUCAGUGGCCUUCAAGAUUUUUGAGUUGGGGCUGAAGAAAUAUGGAGACAUUCCAGAAUAUGUACUGGCAUACAUUGACUAUCUGUCUCACCUUAAUGAGGACAAUAAUACAAGAGUUUUGUUUGAACGUGUUUUAACCUCAGGAAGCCUCCCACCAGAGAAAUCUGGAGAAAUCUGGGCCCGAUUUUUAGCUUUUGAAAGUAACAUUGGUGAUCUAGCUAGUAUACUUAAAGUGGAAAAACGGAGGUUUACAGCCUUCAAAGAAGAAUACGAGGGUAAAGAGACAGCUCUGCUGGUAGAUAGGUACAAGUUCAUGGAUUUGUACCCUUGCUCUGCAAGUGAACUUAAAGCUCUUGGUUACAAGAGGAAGGACACUGGAAUCACAUCUCUCAAAAGGGUGCUUCAGAGUCACUUGUUGUGUUCCAAAAUUGUUCAUAAAGAACCUGAUCAUGCGAGCCUGCUUCAUGAUGUUUCACGUGCCAAGUUAGCAGCCAUUAUUCCAGACCCUGUGGUGGCUCCUUCUAUAGUGCCUGUUCUAAAAGAUGAAGUGGACAGAAAACCUGAAUACCCGAAACCAGACACACAGCAGAUGAUUCCAUUUCAGCCAAGACAUUUAGCACCUCCAGGUUUGCAUCCUGUGCCAGGCGGUGUAUUUCCAGUCCCACCUGCUGCUGUAGUUUUAAUGAAGCUCCUCCCACCUCCUGUGUGUUUUCAGGGCCCUUUUGUGCAAGUGGAUGAACUCAUGGAGAUUUUUCGAAGAUGCAAAAUGCCAGAAACUGUUGAUGAAGCUGUAAGAAUAAUUACCGGAGGCCUGCCUGAAUUAACUGUGGAAGGCAAUGGACCUGUGGAAAAUAAUACUAUGUUCAAUAAAGCUGUCAAGAGACCAAAUGAAGAUUCUGAUGAUGAAGAGGAGAAGGGAUCAGUGGUUCCUCCUGUACAUGACAUAUACAGAGCACGACAGCAAAAGAGAAUCCGAUGAAACAGGUUCCAAAUCGGACUGUGAAAGACUUGUAUUAAGAGAUUUUUUUGCCUCUUAUGUCAAAUGUUUAAAAAGGGACAACCGUUUUCAACAAACAUCUCGACAAUGAGGUUUUGUUACUGUGGUGCCUCUUUAUACUGUAUGGUUCUUGAUCAGCAGAGUCUUAGAAAGUGCUCUAAACAAAAUUAGGUUUUCAAAAACAAUAGCACAAAAUGUCUGAAUUGCAUUUUGUUCCUCUUCAAGUGUGUUUACAUCUACCACUUGAAGUCUUGGGGGGCUUUCAACAGUUUUAUUUUAAAAACUGGAUGGCUUAUAAUUGUGAAGCAUUUUUAAUUCACAGUUCCUGGAAAACAGUUGUUCUCAGUUUGCUCAUGUAGUGUCCUGCCUUAUUGUUUGUUUUUAUUUAUGGCAGAAUGUAUGGAAUCUGUUUUGUAGUUUUAAAAUGGAAAAAACAUUCCAUUAAAAAUAAAAAGAUAUCAAAAACUU